AUGUCAAAGGAGAAAAAGAAAAACAAUUAUCUCGAAGUCACCGAAAGUCCAAAUGACAGACAAUUUGAGUCUUUGUUUAAACAGAUAAUAUCACCGGACAAGUGGUCCACACCUGACAUACAUGAAGACAUCGAGGAAUCAAAGUCUGUGGGCUUUUGCCUGAAGACGAAGGACUUGAACACCAAUGAGAAGAUAUUCAUUAAUUUCUGUCACUCAUCGAUGAUGAAAGCCCCGACUCUGGACUUGAAUGAAGAGGAAUUGCGAGAACUGUUGGCCUCUGAAGACUCGACUAGUUUUACAAUACCUCUGAUAUUAACGCAAUUUAAGCCGACAUCCGAUAAGAGCGGUUCAAAUGCUCGCGAAAUGAGUGAUAAUAACAGCUAUAAUAAUAAAAUCGAUAUUAAUAGUGAUAAAAGUGAUGAUAAACUUAUUGUUAAUGAUUUGAAUGCUUUCUUAAAUAUCAAUGAUAGCAAUGAAGGCGACAAUGGCUUAGAUUAUGAAUACGUAAAAAGUAAUAGUAAUAAUAAAUUGAUUCAAUAUAUUAAUCAUAAUGACGGCAAUGAUUGGCCCAAAACCGAAACCAACUUCAAUCCAGUCCGCAAACGAUCUCAAACUGAAGCCAUUCUCGACGAUAAGCAUUAA